AUGUGGGUUUUCGGUGAUUUCAAUUCCGCGUUUGACAUCAAUGUUGACCAUUCCAAGAAACAAGAUGAAGAUUCUGGGCAUCCUAAGGCUCCCGCCUUGAGUGAUAUCCGAAGUGCUAUUCCAACCCAUUGCUUUCAUCGAUCACAUUUGAUAUCAUUCGGCUACCUUUUCCGUGACGUCGUAUACGUGUCUGCACUAGUGUUCGGGGCAUUGCAGAUCCCCUCCAUGCAGAGCGCCAUUCUGCAAACACUGGGCUGGGUGGCAUAUGGGCUUCUUCAAGGAUUUGUGUUUACUGGGAUAUGGAUACUUGGUCAUGAGUGUGGCCACGGCGCCUUCUCAUCCAAUGCUGUCAUCAAUGAUGUGGUUGGGUGGACCCUUCAUUCAGCGCUUUUAGUGCCUUAUUUUUCCUGGAAGAUUACCCACGCGCGUCACCACCGAUAUAGUGGGCAUAUGGAAAAGGACACUGCAUUUGUUCCUCUAACGGAGGCUGAGUACGCUAAGAAGGGUGGGUUGGAGGUCACAGACAUGGCAGAUCUGAUGCAAGAUACACCACUCAAAACGCUAGUCACCCUUAUUGGACAUCAACUAGCGGGGUGGCAAAUCUAUCUCCUCACCUACGCCACUGGUGGAGAGCAGAAAAGUGCCCAAGGGACUGUUGACAACAAGAGGAUACCUUCCCAUUUCGAUCCGUAUAGUCCGCUGUUUACGCGGCAACAGCGGUCCGCCGUUGUACUCUCUGAUAUUGGCAUUUCUAUCAUGAUCAUCAUUCUAUUCUAUAUGGGGAAGAAAUUUGGAGUUCUCAACAUCUGUGGUCUUUAUUUCAUGCCCUAUUUAUGGACUCACCACUGGUUAGUUGCAAUAACCUAUCUUCAUCACACCCAUACGGAGAUCCCACACUACAGCGCAUAUACCUGGUCAUUCCAGAAAGGGGCCCUCGGAACAGUGGAUCGCAGUUUUGGCUUCAUCGGUCGUCAUUUCUUCCAUGAUAUAGUUGAUCAUCAUGUGGUUCAUCACCUCUUUCCAAGGAUUCCAUUCUACAACGCGGAGGAGGCAACUGCAGCAAUCAAACCACUACUUGGUACAGCAUAUCACGAGAAGAAUCAAGAGAGCUUUCUUUUCUCAUUGUGGACGACCUUCCGAGAGUGUCAAUAUGUGUCAGAUACCAAUCCCGACGAAGGGUCCGGUGUUCUACUGUUCAAUCGAGAUCGGCAAAAUAUCUGA